ACAGUUCAAAUGAAGCGGGUACAAAACGUACUACAGAGAACUUGACUUUGUGCGAUUUCUGUCGGAAGCUUACUAAAAUAGGAUAGCUAGCUAGCUAUCAAUCUAACGUCAGUGAUGGAGUUUCAUUAACAAACAUUGGGUGAGCUUCGUUCUUGUGAUUUUCCAGUGACAGAUAUGCCCAGGCUGGGGAGGAACCGGACCGACCCAGAGCCCUGGAUCGAGCAGUUGGUUCGGAGUUUUGGGACAACAGUACCGCAGGACAGGGCAGUGAAGGCUACCGUCAUCGGAGCCAGAGACUUGACAGAAUCCCAAGAUGAGGCCGAUGCGAGCUGUGUCAUAUUUCUCUCCGAUGGAGUGGUGUUCAUCCCCGCAGUGCUCACAACACACGCCUGGACCAGACUGCAGGAUAUGGAGGAGAGGGAGAGUUUCUCGGGACUGGAGAACGCCAUUGUCUGUGUUAAGAACCUGCAACUGAACUUCCACAUGGAACCUGAGCUGGUGAGCUGCCAGUUUUACGUGACUGUCAAUCAGAUCAGCACCGUUGGCCAGGGGAGCGCUCACCGCGGGGUCCCCAACUGCGCAACGCUGCCGUCCAUUAAAGAACAAAUCCACAAAACAUGGAGAUCUAGGCUAGAUGAGAGUUCAUCUGAGUCUCAGUAUGGGUUCCGUCUGACAGACUUAUUGGAAGAAUGGGAGAAAUAUGUAAACACGGAGAUCCCGCCCCAAGAAAUGAUUGACAGGCCGACCCCUCUUUCUGAAGCCACUCCCUCCCACCGCAAUAUGAACACGCCCCCUGGUCCUAGCACCUCCCAUCAAGAUGUGGACACACCCAAGGAGCCAAGCACCUCCUACCACACCAUAACCCCUCCCAUUAGUGGUCCGCAUGCCCAGUCAUUGGAGGGGGGGGUGGAGUCAGUGGAUGGGGGGGUGGAGUCGGUGGAGGGGGGGGUGGAGUCGGUGGAAACACAAGUGCUGAGGAGGAUCAUGAGCAGGUUGGCUCCACCCACUCGUGCAGCAUCAUAUGACGAUUUGACCACACCCACUCAAUGGGACCAGGAUCGGCUUGCUUAUAAAGCAGAGGAGUGUUUCUCCAUUCCUGUGUGCCAACUCCUGAUUCCAGAGGACCAGAGAGAGAAGAUGAUCGCUACGGUAACGGCAGCAGCAUCCAUAAGCAGUUCAACUCCCAGUGGUUUGGUCCCUCCCCUGUCUGACAGGCAGACAGGUCAGCCAAUCGCCACCCAGAAUGAUGUCCAAAACCAGUCCCCCUCGCCCGGUGAGAGGACGGAUGAUUGGCCACGUUCCAGUGGUGUGUCUGUAGCAGUGGAGUCUGUGAGUGAAGGCAGCCCGUGGGACAUCUUUGCUCCAGUGGUGGACAUCCUGAGAUCUUCAUCCUCGUCUGAGACUUCAGCUACCCCAGACGACCUACCACUUCUCCAGAGCCAAUCAGCUUCAGCUACCCCAGACGACCUACCACUCCUUCAGAGCCAAUCAGCUUCAGUUCUGCCAGAGAACCUCCCAUUCUUGCAGAGCCAAUCGGAUUCAACUACUGCAUGGAACCUUCCACUCAUAGAGUGCCAAUCAGAUUCAGAUAACCCCCUACUCACAAAGAUCCAGUCGGAUUCUGCUACCCCUGAGAAGCUCUCCCUCACUCACAGCCAAUGGCCUUCAGCUACCCUCAACAAACUGUCCCUUCUGCAGGGUCUAACCUCAUUACGUACCCCAGAGAACCCCAGACAUCUGGAUUGCUGCCAAUCAGGUUCAACUUCCACAGAGAAAUUCCCACUCCACCAAUCACUCCUGGUCCGCCUCGGCUCUGCUCCAAUAGGAACCAGUACACAGUAUGUGUCGUCCAAUGGUAGCAGUGGAGCUAAAAAGACUGGCUCCGCCCUUCCACCCUACCAGUUAGCAUGCAUUAGCUCCUCCCACUCCAGUGGCAAGCGCGCGACUCCUUGUCCCUCUCCUGAGGAUGAGGAAGAGGAGGAGGAGGAGGACGAAGAUGGAAAAGCUGCCCGGAGCCCCCCCUCGUGGAUUGCGCUGACGCAACGGACAGGAAGUAACCACGGCGAUAGAGGAAGUGAGCCCAAACGGCGCAUGUUCGCCUCACCCUCCAAGCAGAUCUGGGUUCACCCGGAUGGUUCUGCGUUCUCCUACAGAUAUGAAGCAUCGGUCCAGGACGUCUGUGCUCUGGGCCUGUUGACGGUUCCUGCUGAGAUGAUCCAGUGGUCCAUGCGCUACCUGCUGGCCUCAUCAUCGCCCCCUUGAGGAGAGGAGUGGAGUGGGCACAAACACUCAACUGAAGAGGACGUGGCAGCUUCAUCCUAGGGAUCUAAACAACAUUGUAUACAUUUAUUGUGUAAAUAUAUUUAAUAAAGAUUAUUUUAAAUAAAGGUUUUUUGUUACCGGCCAAUAGCUUGUAGUCAGUCCUAACUAUGGCCGUUCUUAAGGUCAAGUUUGAGUUGAACCUCUCACUGUUACAUGCAAGUACCCAACCAUCUGGCCUGAGUAUUAAAACACAGCAGGGGUGCACUACAACCAUCAUUGCGAUACCUACAAAUACUUUUU